UCAAGAGAAGAGAUGAAGCUGGUCAUAGCAGUUGUGAUUGCCUUUAUCGUAAGCUCGAGCUCCAAUGCUUCUCAAACGGAUCAAUCUUGCUGCUACGCCGACGUGAUCCCUCGCAACUGUCAGCACGCUCUCAUACUUGGACACACAGUCAGUGGAGUGUACGUGAUCGAUCCCCGCGAUGGCUUGGGCUCGUUUCCGGUCUGGUGCGACAUGAAAACAAACGGAGGAGGAUGGACGGUCUUCCAAAGACGACGAGACGGAUCAGUUAACUUCACUCGAGGCUGGGUCGACUACAAAAUAGGAUUUGGAACACUAAAUGGAGAGUUCUGGUUGGGACUGGACAAGAUUCAUCGUCUAGCUACAAGUCAGAUACUCCGUUUCGAUCUUGUCGAUUUUGACAAUGAGAAGAGGCACGCAGAAUACGACUCAUUCACGGUCGGUCCAAUUGCGUCGACGUAUCUCAUGUACGUUGGAAAGUACAGCGGAAAUGCGGGUGAUUCAUUCAGUACUCACUCCGGAUAUGUCUUCACGACGAAGGACAAAGACUCUCCGACAAACUGUGCUGCGAAAUACAAGGGUGGUUGGUGGUACCACGAUUGUCAUCAUUCCAAUCUACAUGGUCUCUACUUGAAAGGAACGACCGACCAGUACGCUACAGGAGUUGUUUGGAAAGCAUGGAAGGGGUACCAUUACUCAUUAAAAUUUACAGAACUCAAAAUGAGGCCUCAGUAGUAGCCUCGAUUUUUGCGCUGUGUUAGCGAAGUGGAUAUUGCCUAGGAGUGGUAUAUACUGCAUGCAUGCGUGGGUGUGCAUAAAGACAAUUUGUGUGUGUGUGUGUGUGUGUGUGUGUGUGUGUGUGUGUGUGUGUGUGUGUGUGUGUGUGUGUGUGUGUGUGUGUGUGUGUGUGUGUGUGUAACUUCGUGUGAUAUGAUUACUCAGUCCUCUGUCUGCGUUCUGGUGUCAUUGAGUACAAAACAAAUCAUUGUAAUUACACAAAACCGAGAAAUGUGCAAAUUAUUUGCGUAACUUUAACUCUAAGUGCAAACGUAUUAUGGAUGGAGUUUAUAAUUUAAUAGAGUUAUAAUU